AAGUGCUUCCGCUUGCGCAUGCGUCCUAGCUCCUUGGCAACGAUUGAAGUAAACACUUUCGGCUGGUCAGCGGUGGAGGCGUCCCCCUUGAAUGGCAUCCUGAAAACAAUUUUUCUACCGUGAGGGCAUUAAAAAACGCUGCGACCAUGCCGAGCAGUAACACGGCUACCCUCCGUCCGAUUACGGAGCAAAUAGAAGAGCUGAAGGCUAAGAUUUCCCUGUUGGAGGGAGAUCGUAAGGCCUACUUUGAGUCCUCUCAAUAUGCUAUGAAAAAGAAUAGAGAGGCGAUCUCUGAGCUGCGUAAAGAAACGAAAGAGCUUCGCCAAAGACUCAAAGAUAAGCUUUCGCAAGAUUCUCAUGUCAUCAGCAAGGCUUUCCAUGACCGUCCUGUGGAACGGGCUGCAUUGUCAAACAAAUCUGGGCAGCAAGCCAUUGUCAUUUUCGACCAUAAAGUAUGCGAUUCCAUGAAGAGGCUGAACAGCAAGCGUCAUGUGACAGCGCGCAAACAAAAACGCUUGGAAGAGCUGCAGACUGAAUAUGACCAGAUGGUCAAGGACUCAUCAGAUGCAGUCAGCACAGACAAGGGAGACUCCCAGGAUGCCCAGACUAUGCGAUACCUAGAGAACAGCUACGACAAAGUCACAAUGAAGACUGAGGAGGCAAAACAAGUGCAGCGUGUCUACCUGGAUAUUAAGAAUAGAUUUGAAGUGGAAGCGCAAGAAUACCCAUGCCGACUGGAUGCGAUGGAAGCUGACAUCCGCAGCACUCGGGCUCAGCUGAAAGAACUGAAAGCCAUGCAUAACGAUGCUCAGCUCUCUAAGGAGGCUGCUGUCAAUGAGCUGAGAAGACACGAAGAGACUGUGUAUGCUGAGAGGAAGAAGAGAGAGGUAGAACUGCAGAAGAUGAAGAAGGAGGCGGAAGAGAAGAAAAUGCAGCAUGAGAGGAUUGAGAAACGACUGGCCCAGCGUGGCUCUGUCCAGCAAGAUGAACUAACCGCCCAGGAGAAGGCAGCCUUGACCGGUGAGGACCAGCAGCAGAAGAUCACCACCUAUGAGGAAGCUUUCAAACGUAUCAAGGAGUGCACAGGAGUCUCGGACACUAUGGAGGUUGUGAUUCGCUUUGAGAACCAAGGGGACACAACCCGUCAUUUGGAGGAGCUGAAGAAAGACAAUGAGAAGCAGAUCACCAGACUGAGGGAGGAGAGGGAGAAACUGCAGCAGGAGUUUGAGGAGAUGAAAUACUCAGGGGAAGCCAAACUUUCCAGAGUAAGGGUCAUGUACCAACAGCCCAAAUAGCCGCCACGUCGGAUGAGUAUGUUCUAGACCAGUUGUCCACGUCGGAGGAGAAGCUGCUCAAGCUACUGGAGGAAUUGGAUGGAAAUGAUAUCAACGAAGUUCUCAAGCAAAUGGAGGAGGAAGAGUUCCAUGCUAGCAUAGAAGGAAAGCUACCAGCGUACAACACGAGAGUGAAACUGCCGCAGACUCAGAGAGAUUUGGUGUAUGGAGAUGAAGAUGAAGACAGUGGGGAGGAUGAUGGCGAUGUGCCAUCUCGCAAUGCCAUCAAGAAGCAGUCACAGUUUAUUGUAGACAGCAAAACUAAACGCAGAGUCCCCAAGAAGAAGAAGAAGAUGAAGUAAAUAUCAAUCGAACUCACUAUGUUUUAGAAGUAGGUUUUGUCUGGUUUGAGAAUAUUAAAACUUCAAAUUUACAACCCCCCCAAAAAAUAAGAAAGGAGAUUUUGAACUUUUGUAGAAACUUUGGAAACUCAAAAUAUGGAGGAGGAAAUAAAGUUUUCUUCAAGGUGAGGAGAGCAAUAUGUAGGCAUUCUGUAUGAGCACAAGCCUGGUUCUCAGCUUUUAUUAAAGAACCUUUACAGUUCUUUUCAUUUCGAUUACUUUUUUUAUUUACCUGGACAGAAAAAGUGAUUUGUCAGAUGCCUACAUGCUUUUUUAAGAUAACUUUCUGAAUCAUGAUAGUGUACCGAGACCUUAGUUUCAUUUGGCAUUUGAAUGGUUAUAAAAAAAUUUGGGUAAUAAUGAAAUUGAAAAAGCAGAUGGAAACAGCCACACCAGAAUUAUGAAAGGAAGUGUUUUACGUUCUGUAAAUAAGAGAGACAAGGAGUUGUUCUGAUAUAAGAGAAAUGUUCUGUUUCAAUAGAUAUAGCAUUAAUUCUUUUUUACUUCUUGUAAGUUGUGGAAAUUUUGUAUACUUUGAGAAUAAUUUAAUAUUUGUAUAGAAUUAAUGUAAAAGUAAUAUGCUUAAAAAGAGUGGAAAAGAAACCCAGUUUUGAUCAAGCGGAGAUUGUUUGCAUUCAGAGAUUUUCUCAAGUGUUGAAUGGUUUUGUGCUUGUCAUGAAAUAUCAAUUAAAAAUGUUCCUUUGGUUCUGUAUUUAUGUAAAUUGAUGGAAUAUGUUUGAUUGUCACAUUUCUGUGAUGGAAAGGCAAGACGGAAAGCCACCAGAACUUGCUAAAGUUUUCACAAUACCAUACUUAAUAUUCACAUUAAAACGUUAAAAACGGUAAAAGUACAUAUAAUAUAGUCAGUCAGCGAGCUGUUUGAAUGUGCUAAGCCUAAAAAGACAAUUUUUUUUUCAAGAGAGAGGAAAGACUGUAUCAUAAUAAUUUACAAUCAUACCUACAUCAUGUAUUUUUUUAGUGCUUUUAAGAAAAGACAUUCCAAGUUUGCAUUUUGACAAAAUGUUUUUUGAGCACUUACAUUUCUUACAAACAUUAAGGAAACUGCAAAUGAUUUUUUCGAAUUUAAAUGGGGAAGGGCGGGGGGGGGGGGGGGAGCUUAGUAGGCCUACUUCUGAACAGUAUAUGGACAAUACAGAUGCUAUCAGCUGUCUUUUUUCUACUUUUCAAAGGAGAUACCUGAGUAGAGCUUGAUAACUGUAAAUUUUUUUUUCACAUCCUGUAAAGUUUCCCAGUAUUUUGACAGCUUAUGUCUCUGUUUUUCUUUUUUUGUUGUUGUUCUUGUUAAAAUCAGGUAUGUUUCUUUAUUUCACGUGAUAAGUCUUUGCCAUUUAAUGCCAUUUUAUACUUUUGAAGCUGUCAGUAAGGGAAUGAUCAUAGCUUAGUAUGCUUUGUGAAUUUGCUGCUUUGGAUGGAAAUGAAAAUACCACACAUACUUUUUAGGACAAGAAGGGACGAAUAUAGUAUUUCCCAUGUCAUCUUUUCAUGAAAUUUCUUUUAAUGAACUUUUUUAAAAUCCAUCUGUCACUGUUUUUCUAAUAGGUUUCUGAACAUUUUAAAUAGUCACUUAGCUUUUGACUCUUCCAUUUAGAAAAGAAAUGUUUUCAAGACACGAUAUACAAUCACGAGAAGCAAUAUAAGAAUAUUGUCUAACUUUUAGUCAGUUUUUAUUUUUUCUUUACACAAUUUUAAUGUAUUUGUUUGAUAGGUUUCAAAACCAAAUUUUUGUGUCUUCCGUUUGGCUUUUAUUGUCGAUAUUCUUGUCAUGGAGCUUGUAAAGACUUUUCUUGGUGGAACUAUAAUCAAUUUUAUUGAAUUUUUGAUAAUAAAUGUGUGACUGCUGAUUUUGUGAAACUUUGUUUACAAUUUUUACACAUAGUUUAGAAGGAUUUUUGACAUCUUUCCUUCUAUUCAAUAUUUGCAUGAAUAUCAAAUAUGUGUCAACAGCUUGUACACUGGAAAGCAAAUUGGUAUAGCAGUUAUAAGUAUGCAAUUAAUAAAGAUCAAUAACAGAACUUCA